AUGCCUGGUGACCGGCGCACCUUCUCGGGCGUGUCCAUGUCGACCAACAAGUCGGUCAACGGCUCCAACUCGCAGGUCAGCCAGAAGAUCAAGAACUUUUUUCGCAUCACCUCAUCCUCAACCAAGGAUGAGCUGAUUGGCCAGGGAAAGACCAGCUCUGAAGGCCCCUCGACCCCGCGCUCUGAACACAAACUCCGCAACAGUCGCUUUCUGCCACACAUCGGUCGAAAUAGGAGUCAGACCGUCGCCAGCGAAGGCAAUGCCCUUGACGAACUGAGUCCUACUGCCAACGCCAAUCCCUACUUUGCACACCAGGGCCCGCCUGCUCUCCGCCAUCACAACGCCGACAGUGUACCUCCAAGUCCCCCAGACACUCCUGUCAAGAAAGGCCAGGAAGCUGAAGACGAAGCUGCUGCUGUGGCCGGUAAAGAAGAGCUGGCACGGAAACUGCGUCGUGUUGCUAGUGCUCCCAAUGCCCAGGGCCUGUUCUCAAAGACCAACUCCAACGAUAGCAGACCACAAACUUCCGACAUGAUGGCUAAGACCUCUCCCCUCGCUCAGCAACACUCAAACAUCUCGGUGCAGUCAAUGGUCGAGACGGUUCCUAUGAGCAGCUCUCCCGAUCUGCUUCCUGUACCUGGCAUUCCUAGCCCUGGCAAGAUUAGAAGUGCGGCCGCCUUCCGUAGGACUUAUAGCAGCAACAGCAUCAAAGUACGCGAUGUCGAAGUUGGUCCCGGAAGCUUCGACAAGAUCAAAUUGAUCGGCAAGGGUGACGUCGGAAAGGUAUAUUUGGUGCGUGAGAAGAAGAGCUCAAGAUUGUACGCCAUGAAAGGUAAGCAUAUGCACAAUAUCUUUAUCCGAACACCGACUGACAGUCCUUANGUGCUCAGCAAGAAGGAGAUGAUCAAGCGCAACAAGAUCAAGCGUGCUCUGGCCGAGCAGGAGAUUCUAGCCACCAGCAACCACCCGUUCAUCGUUACACUGUAUCAUUCUUUCCAGUCAGAAGAACAUUUAUACCUCUGCAUGGAGUACUGCAGUGGAGGCGAGUUCUUCAGAGCUCUUCAAACUCGCCCAAACAAGUGUGUGGACGAAGAUGCCGCUCGCUUUUACGCCGCAGAAGUCACAGCCGCACUCGAGUACCUACAUCUUAUGGGCUUCAUAUACAGAGACCUCAAGCCUGAAAACAUUCUUCUUCACCAGUCAGGCCAUAUCAUGCUUUCAGACUUUGACCUUUCCAAGCAGUCAGAUCCCGGCGGUGUUCCCACCAUGAUCAUGUCAGGCCGCAACGGUGUUUCGAACAACCCCAACAACAUGCCUGCCAUCGAUACCAAGUCGUGUAUCAACAACUUCCGCACCAACUCAUUUGUGGGCACAGAAGAGUACAUUGCGCCCGAAGUUAUCAAGGGCUGUGGUCACACCAGCGCAGUCGAUUGGUGGACUUUGGGUAUCUUGAUCUAUGAGAUGCUUUACGGUACGACACCUUUCAAGGGGAAGAACAGAAACGCCACNUUUGCAAACAUCUUGAGAGAUGAGGUGCCAUUCCCUGAAGGCAGUGGUUAUCCGAACGUCAGCAGUUUGUGCAAAUCUUUGAUUCGCAAGCUUUUGAUCAAGGACGAACUUCGUCGACUAGGCUCUCGCGCUGGCGCGUCAGACGUCAAGGGUCAUCAAUUCUUCCGUACCACACAAUGGGCUCUACUACGCCACUCCAAGCCUCCGAUUAUCCCUAACCAGGGCCGCGGUGUCGACACUGUCAACUUCAGAAAUGUCAAAGAAAGUCAUAGUGUCGACCUGGGUGGCUCAAAGGUGAACAAAGGCUUUGGAGUGAACUCAACUAAGAUGAAGGGUGUACCCCUUGAUAGCAACCUGGCCACGCCGGGAGGUGAGAUCGCAGAUCCAUUUGAGGAGUUCAACUCCGUUACGUUGCAUCAUGAUGGAGACGACCAACAUCAAGAUCACCAAUAUCACGAGGAGCAAAGAUAG